UAAAUUUAUCUAUUGAACUAUGGAUUAUGAGAAAGUUUAUGGGGAAUGUGAAGAAUGUAAACAAAAAAAUACUGGAAGUGGAUACUGUAAAACAUGUAAUGUAAAACGUUUUCAACAAAAUUUUCAAAAUUGGACUAGUGGUAAUAACGAUAUUGACAAAUUUAUUCAAGACAAUCAACUAUCAGCGAAUUUUUAUGAUCAAGUAUUAGAGUGGAUACCUUACAAUAAAUUAUAUGAUAUUGAAUAUAUUGCAAAAGGUGGUUUUGGAAAAGUGUAUAGAGCAAAAUGGAUUGAUGGAUAUAUUGAUGGUUGGGAUAAUAAAAAUGAAAAUUGGGAACGACGUCACUAUAGUUCAGAUAAGUUUGUAGCUCUGAAAAGUUUAAAUAAUUCAGAAAAUGUUACAUUAGAAUUUAUCAAUGAGAUAACAAUGCAUUGUAAGACUAUUAAAGAUUGUAUAAUUUCUGUUGUUAGAGUUAAUGGAAUUACACAAGAACCAGAAACAAAAAAUUACAUGAUGGUUUUGACAUAUGCAAAUAAUGGAAGUUUAAGAACUUAUUUGGAUAAAAAUCAUUAUAAAUUAACUUGGGAUACUAAGCUAUUAAAUUUAUACCAAAUUACACUAGGACUUAAGAGUAUUCAUGAAAAAGAACUAAUUCAUCGAGAUUUACAUAUUGGAAAUAUACUUCAUUUUUCGGAAAAUGAUUAUGCUUCUAUAACUGAUAUGGGAUUAUGUAAACCUGCAGAUUAUAAUGCAUCGGAAAAUACAAAAAACA